UGACGAAAGAGGAACAAGGGGGAGCUGGAACCUCGUUCCAUCAUCAGUGUAGAUGCAUGCCUGUAUACUGGCUUACACUAGCUGACAAUCCCAGUUCCACACAUUGUAACAUUGGAUAAGAAAGCCCUCCUAGCGUACGUAGUGUGGAUGUAUAUAUGUUUUCGAAUACAGGGAUUGCUCGUCAUAUCCAAUGGAGAAACGCUAAAAAUGGCCAGAGGAGUGUUCAUUGUGUUCCUCAUGAGUGCUUGGGCCGUGGGCUUGGAGGGUCUGGAAGUCGGAGGUCGAGGGCUGAAUUGUCUCACGUGUAGCACGGUCUCUAACAAGAAGUGCAGCAACGCUAGUGAAGUCAUCCACACUUCCCGACCUUGUCAGCCAGCUGAGACCUUUUGUCAGGUCAAACGAAUCGAAUACAUGAUCACAGAGGUCAAUGAAGACUACAUUCCCUGGUCCCUGGAACGGGAAUGCUCUGCUGAGUGCAAGCCCUUCUGUGUCAACAUGGGAACAAGAACCAAAGUGAACUAUUGUACUUCCUGUUGUACUGAGAGCCAUUGUAACGUGGACAACUCCAGUACACAACAGGUCCCCUUGCUGUCCCUGUGGGUUGCAUUGUUCCUUCUUCCAUGGUCUAAUGGUCCCAUUUUCCUUGGAAUUUCAUAAUAUCAGAUGAUGAAUUACAACUUCUUGUCAAUUUUGUAUAGAUGAAUCAUAUGUUUUGGCGCAAGUGUUGCAUCAUGAACCAGUGGAAAAUGGACGAGGAUAUUAGAGCUGAUAGCAGACAUUUAGGAAGUGUCUAAACGGACUUGGUUCUUCUUCCAAUGAGGCUGGCCAAAAAUGCAUAUUUUAAUUUUCUAUACCCGACCAAACAAUUGGAGAAAAAUUGAAGUUAUCUCAAAGCUUUCUAAAUGAGUCUACACAGAAUGAAUGAGCUAGUGCGCUUCUCAUUGUAACAAAUAGUCCUCUUCUUUGUCUUCUGCCUACUCUCGUUUAGGACAAACAAACGGUGAAACACAAGAAUAUUCACAUUUGAAGAUGGCUGACUUUAACAAUGCAUUUUUCGCUGAACAACUAUUUAUUGAUCUAUUCUAACACUAUAAAUACACCACCAACCUUUCUGAGGGACUUUUCAAAUCCUAUAAGGGUAUAGUUACAAACACUUUUGAUAUCUAAAUACAUUGGUCCAUGGUCAACAAAGAGAGCUAUAUAUUGUAUACUUACAGCAUACCAGCAACUUUUCAUCGUCAUCUUUUUCCAUUGAGUUGUGCUAAAAAAGCUGAUGGUAAGUUAAGGAAAAGUGAUGUGAAACUGUGCUUUUUCUUAUACUGUUUUGUUGGAAAUGAAAAUGUCAAAAAAGAUUGAUAACAGUUUUAUGCAUCCCCAAAAACAGUAUACAAGAUCUUGUAAAAGGAUGAUGUCAUAAUUGUUCGGAAUUUUACCCAUAGAGAAUUGGAAAUAUCUCCCAGAAGAGUUGAUGUUUGAUCCAUUGUGUCACAGUAUUUGGGCAAUAAAUUGUUCAUUGAACAAUU